AUGGCUACCAAAACCCACAAAACCUGGCAGGAGGAGCUCGCUGCCGAAUGCCGUAAAUUGAGACUUCCUGCUCCUGUUUUCAACAUUGUCUCCGAUCGUCGUGGUGGACGUACCGCUUGGUCUGCUACAGUGACGAUCCAAGGACAGAAUCUUGCCGCCAGAUACUGGUACGAUGGUCAAUAUCUCAACAAUGCCAAAGAGGACGCCGCAGAAGUGGCUUGCACAAAACUCCGCAACCCUUCUAUUACCGCUGGCCAGUCAACCACCUACCGCACAGGAGGGGGCUACGGUCAAGGCGGCUGGGCUCGCUAG